AUGGAAUCCUGGCAGAGGCUGGGGGACUCUCCUUUUUCUAGAGUGAACCAUCAAGCAGUGUGUUUGGGAGAAUGCAUAUAUGUAUUCGGAGGAUUUGAUUCACAGAUGCAAGAUGUAGACUAUAAUAAGAGUCAGAUAGAUACUUAUAUGUGGGACAUACGUAAAAACGAAUGGAGACAACUUCCAUACCCUCUUCUUUUCAAAUCUUGGGAUUGUACUCGUAAGACUUGGGGACCUGACCCUAUUUUGGAGCGUAAUGGAUGUAUUCAACCAAGUUUUCGAUUCGGUCAUACUGUUGUUGCUUGGCGUGGUCGUGGUUGGCUUUUUGGUGGUAGAAUGAAGCAUCAAGUAUGUCCUAAUCAAUUAUAUAUGUUCGAUCCUGGUUCACUGUCUCACUACCAGUCUACUGAAUCGUUAAAUGGUCAACAGUUGGGUUGUAAAUUCUCUACCAGAAAGUUAAGACCUGCAUGCUGGGCUGAAGUUAGAGGUAUGGUUGGCAGCAUACCAACUCCACGAGAUGGUCAUUCAGCCACUGUUUCAGAAAAUGCAAUGUUUAUAUUUGGUGGCUAUGAUAGUGUUUUUGAUAAUUACGAUAACUCAGUUUAUCGUUUGGACUUCAUUACCUGGAAUUGGACACAGAUAGAAAUUCGAGAAGAAAUAACACCUUCACUUUCAUACUUUCCCACUGAAUGCCCUAAUAUGAAUAUAGAUAAUGGUGUGAAUUUUACUGACGAAAACAGAAUAUCAACAAAUCAAACAUCGUCAUCACCAUGCUCACAAAUUCCUUUACCACGCGAUUUCGCCUGUCUUGCCAGUUAUCAAGGUCGUAUAUUUCUAUUCGGUGGUCGAAGUAAAUCUCCUGAUCAAGCAGCAGCAUAUGAUGUCUACGAUUCAGCUGUAUGGGAACUUAUUCCUCUUGUUUAUACAUCAGCUACUUCAUCGUCGAAUUCAGUAAAUAUUUUAUCAGAAAAGGAAAGAUUAAUUCCAGCCAGAUGUACUGCAUGUGAUGAAGAAAUGAUUGAUUGUUUGGGUACGACGCGGAGUCGUUUAUUUCGCAUUUUGUGGGAAGAAGAAACUGGUAAUUGGUUUGGGCCUGAGUUCUGGGCAACUUGUCCUCCUCGACCGUGUUGUUUAUGGAAAUUUCUUAAUAGUAAAGCUAAAAGGAAAUCAAAAAACAGACGUCAUAAUUACAAGUUACCUACACAAUAUCGAUCUCGUUGGUCUAGUGGUAGUGCAGUUUGGGUUGUUCGUCAUUCAGGUCAUGGUUUACAAACACCAGAAGUUUUAAUACCAGAAUUACUCAAUAAAAUCAAUGCGUCAUCAUCAUCAUCAACAGCAGCAACACUUGAUGAUGCACAAUUACCGUUUUUACAACCAUCCUUUAAAUUAAAUUCACCUUAUGGUCGUAGAAGUCCUUCACAUUGGUUAUACAACGGUAAUUUAUAUAUCGCUUUUGGAGCUAUUCGAUCUCAAACAGGUCAAGGUGUACAACUGCAUUAUCAAGAUGUCUGGCGGUUUAAUCUAUUCACGUAUAUUUGGACACAAGUAUGUACGUCAUCAUCAUCGUCAUCCAGUUUCCAAAUCCACCUGCCUUCAGCUCGUCGACGUGCUAUAGCUUGUCUACAUAUAGCUGCUCCAAAUAUCUCAUCUAACAAUGAUGAUGGUGAUAAUAAUAAUAAUAAUAAUAAUAAUAGUCUGUCAAUGAAACAAAAGCCACGUGUUUAUGUAUUCGGUGGGACACAACCAAGGGUAUUGAAUAAGAAAAUUAAUAAUUAUUCACAAUCUUUGCAUCAUAUGUCAACUACUACUACUAAUUCUACUUCUACCUCUGCUUCUUUUUAUAAUUCAUUGCCGCAUAGACGUUCACUUAAUAUAAACUGGCGUAAUAAUCGAACUCAGAAUGAAAUUCUUGGCCUACAUAAAUGCAUAGCAUUUACUGCAGUUUUAUGUAUUCAAUCCAAUUCAUCUGAUAAUGGCAAUGGCAUGAAGUGUGGUGGUGGUGGUGGUGGCGAUGGGAGUGGCGGUUCUACACCGAAUAAUGCAUCGUCAUCCUCAAACACAACCAUAACUAAAUUUCAUCUUAUAAUUAUUAUGCCACGGGAUAAUCCUCCUAUAAGAGAUAAUUUCUUUGUAUUAUCGAAUUUAUUUAUUAUUAAUUAUGAUGAAUUGUCUGUCGUUUUCAAUGACAGUAGUACCACUUCUACUACUACAGUAAUACUAGCAAUUGGUACAAUUUAUGAAGUCGAAGAACCAUAUAUAUUAGAAGAGUAUAUAUUCUCUCAGAAUUCACCUAUGGUUAUAAAACAAUAUGGUAACAGACUGACUGUAUCACCUUCAGUCAGUGCAUAUUUAAAACCGAUUAUUUAUAUCCUACUGGAAGCAAUUGAACGCACAUUACAUCAUACAUCAUGCUUGAAGUAUGCACCAUCAUCUAAUUAUUCGCUGACUAAUAAUAAUAAUAAUGUUAAUAAUAAUAAUAAACGUUUUAAUUUAUUAACUUAUAAAACAAAUUUUACAUAUUCUGAUGAUCCUCAUGCUAGUGAAGCGAUAGAAAGUAGCACUGCAACUACUCGUGUAUAUAUCGAUGUGCUUCAACUGAUGAAUCGUAUAGUCACAUGUAAUAAUAAUAAUAAUAAUAAUAAUAAUAAUAAUAGAACAAAUGAAACAGAUGACAGCAAUUUGUUAUUAUUAUCAUCAUCAUUAAUGAACACUGCCAAUAUCACAUCUCCGUCAUUUUCUAAUGCCACUGCUAUUGCUUCAUCGUCAUCACUGUCGGUUUCCUCUUCGCCUCCUUCUCGGUGUUGUUGUAAAUAUCAUACCUUAAAAUCAAUAAUCUUAUCUCAAACCAAUGAUGUCAAUCUACAAGGGACUGUUGCCUCAAUAUUAAUUGAAUAUAUCAACUCCAUUCAAAAUAUCCUUCCUUCAUUAUUAUUAGAUGGGAGUAGAACAAUAUCAUAUCAUCAUCAACAAGGGACAAGUCAUCUUUCAUGCACAAAUUCUGUUGAUGAUAAUAGAAGACAUUCAUCGAGCAUAAAUAUGAUUGAUCGUAAUUCUGGUCGACUUAUAGAAUCGUCUUCAUCAACUAAUACACCAAGAGUAUUAGAACUUGUACAAUAUAUUUGUACUGAAAGACAACGACUCAAUGAGAAUCAGUUGAGUUUAAUAAGAAAUCGUAUGCUUAGCAGUGAAAAUUUGUUCACUUUAAAUCAUUUUCGUAUACUAAAUACUGAAAAUCCUUUUGAUACUGACAACGAUAGUGAACAGUUAACAGAUUCUAAAGAUACUGAAAUUCACUUGAUACCAAAUAUCGGUGUCAUUUCAAAGGGUAUUGAAGAACUUCAAGAACUUUCUGACUGUUACGUUUUCAGUUUCGAUACUAGCCUGUAUGAUCUAUGUCUACGUAAUACAUCUGAUUCAACUCAAGAAUCUCUUUUGGCUCAGGUUCUACCAUCUGAUAUAGUAAGUGAUUUGAAGCAUUUAUAUUCACCCAACAUCAACACUAUGCGUAGAUCAAAAUUUGGAUAAUAUGGUGCAAAUCUUGACUUUCAGUCUCAGAUUUUUCACUUGUAUAAUUUGUAAACUUAUCAUCAUCUUGUUAUAUAACUGAGAUUAUAUUUAUUUUGAUGUUACAAGUUCCUGUUUUCUAAACUGCUUUAAAUAUAUAUAUAUAUGUUUAGAGUGAAACUCAUCUGCUUGUCUUCAUAAAAAUAUAUGUUUGUAGCAAUGCAAGUCUAAGGGACCAACUAGUUGUCGCAAGUAGCGUACUGUUUUGUGUGUGUGUUUGAAACCAGUUGUGUUAUGCAAAUGGUUAUUAAUUAGUCUAGCGAAUUCGGAAGUUUAGAUUGCAAACUAUACAGUAAAUUUUGUG